AUGUCUGAAAAGAAGCAUUGUGAUAAGGAGAGUUGCUCUGCUCUUGAAGUGCCAGAUUUCAAGAAUGCUUUGAAGCAGUUCCAGAAACUAGUUGAGAAAACGGUAACCCAGAAGACAAAGGAGAGAUUAGGCUUGUAUAUUGAAGAUGAUGAUGAGAUAGACUAUGAUAAGUUCUAUACAACCACACAGACACUCUUUGGUCCAGAAGUCAAGGAUCAUAAUGUUAAGGCCUUUUUCAGGAAGAUUAGCAACAACCUUGAUACAAGGGCAGAAUGGUGUGAGAUUUUUGGCUAUUUCAUAGGAGAAAGUGAUGCCCUGUCUUCCCAGCUGAAAGAAGAAAACAUGGUUUUCCUUGUAUCUGAAAAACAGCAGAUUACUCAUGCAGUUGUCAAGAGACAAGAUGUGAUUAAGGGUAUAGUGAAGGUGCCCCAUCUGGAUUUCACAGUAACAUCCUCUCAGAAAGGAGUGCUAACUAUUUUUAACAACCAGAUGACGGUUCUGGCAACCACCAGUGUUGAAGAUACUGCUUGGAUCACUGGAUGUGAUUUCCUACCUCGUCUGAAAUGUGUCGUGGCUGUAACUGAGAGGACAGUCAUCGUCUGGGACUAUAAAUCAAAAGGGAGUCAGAAUAAUUGCUUUACCAUCAAACCAAUGGAAAAUGGUCUGCUCUGUGUUUGCACGGUGACUAUGUCAGAUUACCUGGCUAAGGAUAAUAUCCUAAUGGGAGAUGAUAAGGGUUAUGUUCACCUACUUACUGUGACCAGUGAUCACUUUGGAUUUAAACAAUGUAAAGGCAAAAAAGAAUCACAACUUCAGGUCUUGGACUCCAAAACUUUUAACAUUGUUAAACGCAAGCUACAUGAUGACUGGGUUGUGAAAGUUAAGUAUAUUUCUGACCUAAAUUGUUUUGGAUCCUGCUCCUCAGACAGCAUUCAUUCAUUUGUUUUGGAUGACAUAAAGCGACUAGAGGACAACUUACCUGUAAAGGAAUUUUCUGUCCCCAGAGGUGUCAAUGCCUUCACAUACUGUGGAAAAGCAAAAGUCAUUGUCACUGGGGGUCAUGACAAACUGCUUCGUUUGUGGCAUCCCGCUAUUAAUAGUAGGCCUACAGGGAAGCUAUCAGGACACCGACAUAGUGUUAUGGAAAUUGUAACAAAUGAAAAAGAUCAACAUGUCAUCAGCCUUUCCUCUGCAAAGAUUUUUAGAGUGUGGGAUAUACAGACCCUUUCGCUGCUGCAGGUCUUCCAUGAUAAUCAAAGGAGUCCUGGAGAGAUGGAGACCUUUGCCAUGGUAUUUGACAAUGAUCGUGGCACGCUUAUCACUGGUUCAGCUGUCAUUGAUAUUUAUCCCCUAACUCAUAUGAUACAAGAUACGAGACAGGUGCCACAGACACAUGAGAAAAGCAUCAAUGUUCUGGUUUACAACAGGGCUUUUCACCAGAUUCUCACUAUCUGCUCUGAGUCAAUACUGAAGGUCUGGGACCUAGAAACAGGAUAUCAAAUAUAUCAGAUUGAAGAUGUGCAUGGGCUGAAUACUGAAGUGACCUGUGCAGACAUUGAAAUAAAUGGUUUUUAUCUUGCUACUGGGGCAUGUGAUGGAACAGUGAAAAUUUGGGAGUUUGAAAGUGGGCAGGAAGUUAAAGCCUUGCCUUUGGCCCAGAACAGCAAAGAUGAGUGUCGUCUGCUGAAGAUGGUUUAUCUGAAGGCUAAUGAGAGUCAACAUGCACUUCUUCUUUUGGAGCAGAGUGGGAAGAUGAAAAUAAUUCAG